UUCUGCAGAGACAGAACGGAGGAGAUGCCUCUGCCCGUGCAGGUCUUUAACUUUCAGGGGGCUGGGGAGCCCAUGCAAAUAGAUGCAGAUCCCCAAGAAGACCAGCAGAAUGUACCUGACACCAGCUAUGUUGUGGAAAAUCCCACUCUGGAUCUGGAACAGUACGCCUCCAGCUACAGCGGGCUGAUGAGGAUCGAGAGGCUGCAGUUCAUUGCAGACCACUGUCCCCAGUUCCGCGUCGAAGCCCUCAAGAUGGCUCUGUCCUUUGUUCAAAGAACCUUCAAUGUCGACGUCUACGAGGAAAUCCACCGUAAACUCACCGAAGCCACCAGGGAAGUCCAGGGUGUCCCAGACGCAGUAGCAGACGGUGGGGUGGAGCCCCCUCCCCUCGACACGGCGUGGGCAGAGUCCACCAGGAAGAAGGCUCUGCUCAAACUGGAGAAGCUGGACACAGACCUGAAAAACUACAAGGGGAACUCCAUCAAGGAGAGCAUCAGGAGGGGUCAUGAUGACCUUGGAGAUCAUUACUUAGACUGCGGUGACCUCAGCAAUGCUUUGAAGUGUUACUCCCGUGCCCGAGACUACUGCACUAGCGCCAAGCAUGUCAUCAACAUGUGUCUUAAUGUAAUCAAGGUUAGUGUUUACCUCCAGAACUGGUCGCAUGUACUCAGCUAUGUCAGCAAGGCAGAAUCCACUCCAGAGAUAGCAGAGCAACGAGGAGAAAGAGACAGUCAAAACCAAGCAGUCCUCACCAAAUUAAAAUGUGCUGCAGGCUUGGCAGAGCUAGCCUCUCGAAAGUACAAACAGGCAGCAAAGUGCUUCCUGCUGGCCUCCUUCGACCACUGCGACUUCCCUGAGCUUCUCUCCCCUAGUAAUGUGGCGGUGUAUGGAGGCAUGUGUGCACUGGCUACCUUCGACAGACAGGAGCUACAGCGGAACGUCAUUUCCAGCAGCUCCUUUAAAUUAUUUUUAGAAUUGGAGCCUCAGGUCCGUGACAUUAUCUUCAAAUUUUAUGAGUCGAAGUAUGCUUCCUGCCUGAAAAUGCUGGAUGAGAUGAAGGAUAACCUUCUUCUAGAUAUGUACCUGGCACCACAUGUAAGGACACUGUACACACAAAUCAGGAACAGAGCUCUCAUACAGUACUUCAGCCCCUAUGUGUCGGCCGACAUGAACAGGAUGGCGGUGGCUUUCAACACCACGGUGGCGGCGCUGGAAGACGAGCUGACGCAGCUGAUCCUGGAGGGUUUGAUCAACGCCCGCAUCGACUCACACAGCAAGAUCCUGUAUGCCAGAGACGUUGAUCAGAGGAGCACGACGUUUGAAAAGUCUCUACAGAUGGGCAAAGAGUUCCAGAGACGAGCGAAAGCCAUGAUCCUGCGGGCUGCCGUGCUGCGCAACCAGAUACACGUCAAGUCCCCUCCAAGAGAAGGCAGCCAAGGGGAGCUCACAACUGCUAAUAGCCAAACACGAAUGAGCACCAACAUGUGAAGACUAUCAUCCAGAUGCCUCUCUUAGGAAAGUGACCAGAGCCCCGCAGGUCUCCACACCACGGGCCCUGUUACGUCAAUAUGCAGUUUCCCUGCUGAAGACAGAACAUCACAAACUAAAGACUUUAUUUAAGUGGGAAGGAGAUGCCUGUUAUCUAGAUUAAGGGCGAAAGAUUCUGUUGCUCAAAUGAAAAGAAACAGUAAAAAAGAGAAAGAAAUACAGCAUGUAAGCUGUACUGUCAUGUUUUUCCUUUGUAAAAGAUGCACUUUCCUUUGUAUCUUGUGACGAACCUUGAAUACACAUUGAAAAACCUCACAACCGAAGUCCACAGAACAAGCUAAUUGAUUUUAAAAUAAAUAUACAUAUACAAUUUCUGAAAUUUUGUCAGGUUUUUUCCACUUUUUAAUCCAUCUUGGAGCUGUGCUGGACUGUAGAUAGUUACGUGAUGUUGCAAGUAUGAACU